UGCUACAACACUUACCUAGUAACGAAUCGGAGGAACAAGGCGCGCAGAUCACGUGAGGAUGAAUUGUCUUUAUUGAUGUGACAUUACAAAUGAAAAACAUUCACUUUCUGAACAGGUCUUACAUGGUUGGAGUUGUGAAAUUCUAAAGCUAGCCAGUGAAUGGAUUCUCGUAAAGUAAAAGUUGGCAAAUAAGUCCACAAUGAGGAUAUUUUUAGGUCGAUGAUCGUCUUUAUGCUAUUUUACAUAGCUCUGUUUAAAGCCAGCCAACAAUUUCUGAUCUAAUUAACGUUUUGCCAAAAGUGACAAAACCUGCACCCUUUCCUUAAUAUAGAGUUUCAAACAUUUACCGCUCUUUUGUUCGUCAAGUGGAAACAUCCCACGGUUCAUCAAAUAUUAUCUUAAUUGGCUGUCAAAGCAUUAAUAGUCCGGAUGCUGGUAUCAUAAUAUUUAGCAGCUAUGAGUUAACACAAAUUUGUGCAAUCUCGUGGGCGUUUCAAUUUCUCUCAGUGAGUGGCUCGUAGCAGAUUUAUCCCACAGACUCGUAGCAGAUCAACUUCAUGGCUUCUUUUACCAUAGACGCAAUUCUGGGAAACUCGUCCCUGAAACAGGACCAAAAAACAUACCCCCAAAGACUUUAUUUGACAGAGAACUCACCUUCAGACGUUUGUGACGCAGAUGAAGAGAACGAAAACUUUUUGGGUGAAGAGCCACAUGGAAGUGAUCAACCAGUCAUGCGCGAAGAACUUCAUCUCAACAAAACCCGUAGAAGAAGAACCGCAUUUACAAGUAGCCAGUUACAAUCUCUAGAAGAUACUUUUAACAAUAAGAAAUAUUUAACGAUCACUGAAAGAAAUAACUUGGCCAAGACCCUACGUCUUUCCGAUACUCAAAUCAAAACGUGGUUCCAAAACAGGCGGACUAAAUGGAAAAAGCAAAUGGCGCCUGACUUUGAGGCGAGCAUGCGGUUGGAAGAAAUGCAAUCUGUCUUCAAUCAUAUCCAUGCUAGUUUUCCUUAUUAUGGACCAGAAAUAACAUCACCGCUUCACCCUGCAUUACAGCUACAAAACUUUAACAUGAUACAAAGUUUCUAUCCGUCGUCUAACCUGCAUGUUGUUUACGGUGACAUGACUUCUGUACCCACUUAUCCCAGUGGCGGGUUCAUGGGUUAAAUUCUUCAUUCUUCUGUUUCUUCAAACUGUGCUAUUCUUCGGCAGGUCUCCUAAUCUGUAAUUUCGUGGUGGCUAUUUAUAGUUCAGAACUAAAUUAGCCUCUUGUGAAUUUUUUACACUAGUUUAGAACAUUCUUGCUCAGCACCUUGUCUGAAAAUUCAUAGCAAAGGCGUCGUCUCCUCACUGGAAACAGGAAGAACAGUUUCAGUCUGAUGGUGCCGAAACUACUACUUUGAAAACAGACUUAUUCUACUGUGCACUUUCAAACCGAACUUCUAUGAAGAAGUAUGUUCGCUGUCGUCCACAACAGUUCUUUAUAGCACUAAGUAUUUAUUAACUGGUUAAUAUCACCAAAGAAUGAUUAAAUAAGACUUCAUAUAGGCAUGAGAUGUUCUUGUUGGUAUUUAGACCCGUAAGUGAAGGCUUCCUUGACGAAAUAGCGCUAAUAUUUGAUAAAUGACCUAGAAAUACCUCUAAAAAGAUAAAAAAAAAUGUGGAAUAAACAUAACAGUAUUGUGUGUGCGUCA